UUCCAUCGUUCCUGUCAUUCUGAAAACCACAAAUCCUCUGGAUGGAUUCCACAGACCAAAUGAGGACGAGGAGUUUUCGCCAAAGGAGGCUUUGUUGUGGAGUACCGAGGUGAACUGCUUACACAACAGGAGGGCGAGGUCCGAGCUGAUCACUACAAUGAUUCUGCAAAGGUGUUUCUUUUCGAUUUUCAAUGGAAAGGAAGAACAUGGUGCACGAGAUGCAUCUGAAGAGGACUCCUCUCUUGGGAGACUCUUUAAUGAUGAUCACAAAAGACACAAUCUCAAAAUGAAGGCCAUACAAGCAAAGGAGGAGCCACACUUGUGCCUCUUCGCGACUCGAGAUAUUGUAGCUGGCGAAGAGUUGACUUAUAGUUACGGUGAUUCAGACUGGCCAUGGAGAACACAGGUCAUCAAAGCUGAUGUGUCAUCCAGCCCAAAACCUACGGUUCUAAGAAGAGGAAGUGGAGUGAGGAGGAGAAAGGGGCAGCGGGGGAAAAAUUGAUGCAAUUCAUCCACUCCAGAGAUACUCCAGGGAAAGCAGACUGUCUUUCAUGCAUCAAGGCAGCGCCACAAGCCCUCAGAGAGCAGGACUGGCGGGCAGUAAAGUAUUAUGUCAAGAAUAGAAUUACAUUACGUGAGAGGGACUACCAGAAAAUGAUGUAUUCAUGUAAUUUGAACUCGUUGAUAAACGGCUAAUGGCCAACAACUGCAUCAACCAGCCUUCCCUGUGGCUCAUUUGGUAGAGCAUGGUGUUUGCAACGCCAGCAUGGUGUGUGCAACGCCAGGGUUGUGGGUUCGAUUCCCACGGGGGGCCAGUACCAAAAAUAAUGCAUGAAAUGAAAUGAAAAUGAAAUGUAUGUAUUCACUACUGUAAGUCGCUCUGGAUAAGAGUGUCUGCUAAGUGACUAAAAUGUAAACCAUAAACUAAAAGUACAGCUAUCAUGCUUGUAAACAAAUUAUAGAGUUCAAAAACAGAUAUAUUUUUCUAAAUACUGUUUUGUUGCAUUUAACUGCCAAAAAUGCUGUUAUAGAAACAAUUUCCUUAGUAGGUGAUGUCAGAGGUCACCAUGUGGGAGAAGUGGGAGCUCAGGAUGAUGAGUUUCCCCUAGUAAUUACCAGUUGGAGGGCCAUUCAAGAGGAUUCUCCCCAGUGUUAUGUAAUAAAUUACCACUAGUAAUUACCAGUUGGAGGCCCAUUCAAGAGGCUUCUCCCCACUGUUAUGUAAUAAAUUACCACUAGUAAUUACCAGUUGGAGGCCCAUUCAAGAGGAUUCUCCCCAGUGUUAUGUAAUAAAUUACCACUAGUAAUUACCAGUUGGAGGCCCAUUCAAGAGGAUUCUCCCCAGUGUUAUAUAAUAAAUUACCACUAGUAAUUACCAGUUGGAGGCCCAUUCAAGAGGAUUCUCCCCAGUGUUAUGUAAUAAAUUACCACUAGUAAUUACCAGUUGGAGGCCCAUUCAAGAGGCUUCUCCCCAGUGUUAUGUAAUAAAUUACCACUAGUAAUUACCAGUUGGAGGGCCAUUCAAGAGGAUUCUCCCCAGUGUUAUGUAAUAAAUUACCACUAGUAAUUACCAGUUGGAGGCCCAUUCAAGAGGCUUCUCCCCAGUGUUAUGUAAUAAAUUACCACUAGUAAUUACCAGUUGGAGGCCCAUUCAAGAGGCUUCUCCCCAGUGUUAUAUAAUAAAUUACCACUAGUAAUUACCAGUUGGAGGCCCAUUCAAGAGGAUUCUCCCCAGUGUUAUGUAAUAAAUUACCACUAGUAAUUACCAGUUGGAGGCCCAUUCAAGAGGCUUCUCCCCAGUGUUAUGUAAUAAAUUACCAUUACCACUUAACCAGGUGUAUAUUAUCAUCAUAAAGUCUUUGACAUUACGUAUCUCUGAAUGUACUUUGUGUUUUUUUUUUUUUUUUUGUACUCCAGGGAACAAUACUGUACCCUUAUUUCUACGUGUGUAUACCUGCUUCCUGUCUGCCCCCCUGCCAGCCUGUCUGUCUGUCCCCCUGCUGGCCCGUGUGUCUCUGUCCCUC